AUGAACAUGAUUACUAACCUAGUUCACUACAUUUUAGAUGAACAUAGUACGAGGACGGGGCUACGUUCACAACUGAACGAAAUGUUUUUUAGUAAUAGUACCAGUGAUAACUCAGCUUUGUUUCAGGUAUUAACCCAGCUCAUUCCCGAGGAAUUGCAGCAGGAAUGGUUAGAAUGGAUAAGUGAUGGUGAAAAGCGUGGAGUUCCAGAAGGGUUUUCGGACUCUCUUCCAAGGGUUGCUACGACGCAUUUGUCUCCAGAUGAUACUUGCGCUAUUUGUUGUUGUGUUUACCUAGAGGACAGCUAUCCUUUGGUGGUAAAACUACCCAACUGUAAUCAUAAAUUUGACCUGCAAUGUAUCACUCUGUGGCUGUCCAAAAGUUCGACAUGCCCCAUGUGCAGAAACGAUGUGAUGUCUUCCAAGACGAAGAUCGAUACUUCAAUGGUUGAACUAGAGGAGGACUGGGGCAUGUAUGGCUGA